GCUCGGCCCCGCGGAGCGGCUCCCGGCCUGGGCGCGGCGCUGACGCGGCUCUCCCAUUUCGCAGAGCGGAGACACUGAGGCACGGACCCCCGGCGGCGAUCUGCCCUGCCUGCCCCAAGGUCCAGCAGCUGGACAUGGAGGACGAACAUUCAUCACCUCUCUCAUUCUCCAGUGUUCCACACGAAGAGUCUGUGCAUCAGGUCCCUGCUGGACUCCCCAGAGAAACUGUGUUCCCUUCUUGCCUUCUUCCCCCCAAAGAAAUUCCUCCUUUGUCUCCCACUGCCCCUCCGCAAGCCCGGCCCCAGACUGACAGCACUCCUAAGCAGGAGACUUCCGGCCAGAUGUCACAUGUUCUUCAGAAAGGACCUUCAUUCCUGUAUCCUGCCACUUCUGAGCAAGACGCACAUCAUCAGGUAACCCUGGCUGCCCAGGAAGAAGCUCAGUACCCGCCUUCAGCUGCUGGUCAGGGCAUGCCCCUGCUCUCCCGCUCCACCCACCAUCAGGAAGCCCCACUCCGCUCUCCCGAAGGCCCUGAGAAAGACUCGCUGACUCUGUCACCCACAGCUCCCGAGACUGACAUGGACCCCUUGCUCCAGAGUCCCACUUUGCAAAAGGACACUCCCUUCCAUACCUCUUCUGCAGCCCAGAAGGAACAGCCGCUGCCCACCGCAGAAAUCACUCGCUUGGCUGUGUGGGCUGCUGUCCAAGCCGUGGAAAGAAAACUGGAGGCCCAGGCCAUGCGGCUGCUGACCCUGGAGGGCAGGACAGGGACAAAUGAGAAGAAGAUAGCCGACUGUGAGAGAACGGCUGUGGAGUUUGCAAACCAUCUGGAGAGCAAGUGGGUUGUGCUGGGGACCCUGCUGCAGGAGUACGGGCUGCUGCAGCGGCGCCUGGAGAACAUGGAGAACCUGCUGAAAAACAGAAAUUUCUGGAUCCUGCGACUGCCCCCAGGCAGCAAUGGAGAAGUUCCCAAGGUCCCUGUCACAUUCGAUGAUGUUGCUGUCCAUUUCUCCGAGCAGGAAUGGGGAAACCUCUCUGAGUGGCAGAAGGAGCUCUAUAAGAAUGUCAUGAGGGGCAACUAUGAGUCUCUAGUCUCCAUGGACUAUGCAAUAUCCAAACCAGACCUUAUGUCACAGAUGGAGCGCGGAGAGAGGCCAGCCAUGCAGGAGCAAGAGGACUCUGAGGAGGGCGAGACUCCCACAGACCCCAGCGCUGCCCUUGGGGCCCACAUCGUUCAUGGGGGGAGUCAGCAUGAAGGUGGCAGAGGCAACCCUAAACCAGAUGCAAAGGUGUGA